CUCAUGGACAUCCAGAGAUGGUACCUGCAGAAGAGAAAGAGUUUGAUGGCAGAUGCUGUUUUGCUCCUCAGAGUAUUCCAUUGACUUGCAAGGGUGCAAGUACAUGCUGCUAUUCUAUAGAAAGUGAAGAGGAGUACAAGUAUGGCAGACAAAAAAAAAGUUAUCUCUACAGUAUUUGGUAUCAGCCCAAAGGAGUGGUAAAAUCCAGAAGGGCGAAAAGCAUGAAUCACUCAGGUUUGUGCAUGGCCAUGGCCUGUCCACCAUCACAGUCCCUUCAUCCAUGUCAGCAGUGCACAGAUCGCUGCCUUCAACAUAGUAUAUGCAGUUUCCAACAUAGUAUAUGCAGCUUCCCUUUAGUCCCAGAUUGCUUACCGAACACGAUACUGAACAGUCUCCGCCAACGAAAAAACUCGAUCGCCAAUAUCACUCACUGGCUCCCAUGCUUUCUUCUCAAACUCCAUCUUGUAAAUACCAAUGCCAGCUUCUGUUCGGCUCCCCCAGCAACAGAUUCCUCACGACGAGAAAAAUAUCUCCGCAGGAUUCAACCAUGGAAUGCACACACGCACGUAUUCCAGGCAAAAAUUCGGGCCUCCCUGCUUCGACGAAAGAGGUUUUAGGGCAUGGAGCAGUAUGUAUGAGAACAAGGUUCUCGCGGAGUGUGACCCCGUAAAAUUUUCCAUUUAACCCGAUCACAUUGUUAAGAGCAUCCUGCUCUGUCCGAGAUCAUUAUUGCAGUCAUGAGAGCUCCAGCUUUGUUCAGAUCCUGCUCAGUUUGGAUUUCUUUUGCAAUACGAACGCAUGAAACUGUUUUCCGAAGGAAACAAAAUACCAACGAGAAAUCGGUCGAAUUUCUCUCAUGAAUCUGUUAAAAUUACAGAGGAG